AUUUGGACUUGGACUGACUGCCAUGAGUUCAAAUAAGAACCUUUUGUCCAGUUGCGCCGGAGUGCCCAAGUGAACACUGUCUUCGGCAUCCAAGAUCUUUGAACAGAUCCUGCACUGCAAUCCCACUCACCAACAUGAUUGACUUCAUCCGCCAUCAUUGGUACGACCUUGGCGUCAUACCAUUCUUUCUCUCCCUUUGGUACCUCCGUCUCAAUCGGGCCAAAUUGACGACAACAGAGAAAUUCCUUCUCGCCAACUUCAUGGCCGUCCUGGCUCACCAAUUCGAGGAAUAUCGCUUCCCUGGAGGGUUCCCCGCGGCGAUGAACAUGGGUGUCCACUCCAGCGCGCGCCCGGAGCGGUUCCCUCUGAGUUCCCACUCUGCGGCCCUCACCAACAUAGUCGCCACGUACGGAUACUAUCUGGCUCCGGUGUUCUUCCCUGACCAGGUUUGGGCCGCACUGGGACCCGUCCUCCUCGGCUUCGGACAGUUCUUCAUCCACGGCAUCAACAUCAACACGAAGCUCGGCUCCUUUUACAAUCCAGGCCUUGCGACAGUGAUUUUCAUGCAUAUCCCUCUCGGCUACUACUACAUUCGCCACGUGGCCCGGAGUGGCCAGUUGACGCGGCGUCAGUGGGCGCUGGGCCUUGCCUAUGCCGCUGCGUUCUGGUACUUGGUGCUCAUCAAGUCUACCUUCGGCUGGCUCGUGGACUACGACUCGCCGUACCCUUUCUACCCGGCCGAGAUGGAGCGUGGAGGGGUGGCUGCUUGGAUCAAGCGUGUCCGCAAUCUCUGAUUGAGAAGAUCAAGUACGUCAGGCGUUUUACAGAGAGAAUCUUCGCAAGCUCGAAAAGGAGUUCAGGUCAGGUUUGCUUCAUGAAGCUCCCGCCUGCCUGCGAGGCGGAGC